AUGUCUAAAGAAUUCAUUUCUGAGGAACUUGAGGAACUUGAGGAACUCGAGACACUACUCCCUUCACAUUACGAACUAGAUAGGGAUAAACUUGAAGUGACGCAUGUUGACGGUGUACCUAUUACUAUUGAAGAUUUCGAAGAACUCGCGACAACACUCCCUUUCCCUCUUAAGCUGGAACUAACUGAUGAUAAAAUUGUAAUGAUACCUGUUCACAAUCUAACUGAGAGGCUGAUCUUAUUACUGAAGUUACCAUAUGGUGCUGAAAUAACCCUGGACUCGUUGGACGGUACGGAAGUAGCCAAAUGGAAUGCAUUAUCGCCCAAUGAUCAAAAUAAGGCGUUUCCUACAGUUUCUCCGAAUUUUGUUGCAGAGAUACGUUCAAGUAGUGAUUCUGAGGAUUAUUGUCACCAAAAAAUGUUAGACUACAUAAAUGCAGAUGUUGAAGAGGGUAUUUUAAUUGACCCUAUCAAUCGAACUCUAACAAUUUAUCGAGUUGAUAGAAACGGUGAUAUCGUCUGGAACACGCGAAGAAAUACUCGUACCUUUACUUUUCAAAUUCUUAAUGGAUUCGUCUUAAACUUGCAGG